GCAGGUGCUGGAAUGGAAUGGCAUCCCCUUGACUGGGAAAACUUACGAAGAAGUCCAGAGCAUUAUUAUUCAACAGAGUGGGGAAGCAGAAAUAUGUGUAAGACUGGACCUGAACAUGCUCUCGGACUCUGAGAAUCCCCAGCACCUGGAGCUGCAUGAGCCAGUAAAGGCAGUAGAUAAAGCGAAGUCGCCAGGGGUGGAUCCCAAGCAGCUGGCUGCGGAGCUCCAGAAGGUUUCUCUACAGCAGUCGCCUCUGGUUGCUUCCUCAGGAGCGGAAAAGGGAUCUCAUAUUCAUUCUGGAACCACUUCUGCCACCUCCAGCGCUGUUCCCAGCCCUGGUCAGCCUGGUUCUCCUUCAGUGAGCAAAAAGCGGCAUAGCAGCAAGCCCACUGAAACUACAAAGUCUGCUUCCCAUCCAAUCACUGGAGAAAUUCAGCUUCAAAUCAACUAUGACAAACACCUUGGCAACCUUAUCAUACACAUUCUUCAGGCAAGAAACCUUGCUCCCAGAGACAACAAUGGCUAUUCUGACCCCUUUGUUAAAGUUUAUCUUCUUCCAGGGAGAGGGCAAGUCAUGGUUGUCCAAAAUGCAAGUGCUGAGUACAAGCGGAGAACUAAGUACGUACAGAAAAGCUUGAAUCCCGAGUGGAAUCAGACAGUCAUUUAUAAAAAUAUCUCCAUGGAGCAGCUGAAAAAGAAAACACUGGAAGUGACUGUCUGGGAUUAUGAUAGAUUUUCCUCGAAUGACUUCCUUGGUGAAGUAUUGAUCGAGUUAUCCAGCGUCUCUCAGCUUGACAACACUCCUCGGUGGUACCCUCUGAAAGAACAGAGUGAAAACAUUGAUCAUGGGAAAUCUCAUUCUGGACAGAGUAGCCAGCAAUCUCCAAAACCGUCUGUCAUCAAGAGCAGAAGUCAUGGAAUUUUCCCAGACCCCUCCAAGGACAUGCAGGUGCCCACCAUUGAGAAAUCCCACAGCAGUCCAGGGAGCUCCAAAUCUUCCUCUGAAGGACAUCUACGCUCUCACGGUCCAUCUCGCAGCCAAAGCAAAACCAGCGUCACUCAAACUCACCUUGAAGACGCUGGGGCAGCCAUCGCCGCUGCUGAAGCAGCUGUCCAACAGCUUCGCCUUCAACCAAGUAAAAGACGCAAAUAAAUUCCUCAGCAUGGCAGCUUAAUGUUCAUCUGUUGCCUUUUUCCCCGCUGUCCUUCCCUUUUGGCUGUUUUUUUUCUGUUCUUGGCACACUGUGCUCACUCUGUUCAAUGUCUUUCUUUGUGUGCCUGUGUGUGAAUACAUAUAAUUACAAUAUACUCUUGUAUUU